AUGAUAAAUAAUCAUUAAUUAAAUAAAGCGAUAGAAAUAUUAGCUUAAAGUAUGAAUAUACAAAAAUUUGAUUUGUAGUAGAAGAAGAUGUAAAAAAUAUUUUGGAUAAUAAUCUCAAGUAUAAUUAAUAAUGAAAUUUACAUUAUUGGUUGUAUAAGUGCAAUAUCAAUGUUAGAAAAUGAUUCAGCAUCAGCAUUAAUUUUGCUAUUUGGAUAUAAUUAAAUUUUUAAAGGAUUAACACAAAAAUAAUAAGGUUAUCUAAAAAUUUAGAUUCUUAAUGGAUUAGGCUAUUAUAAUAGAAGAGUAGGAUAAUUGGAAAAAGCUUUAAAAUAAUUAGAAUGUGCAUUAAAAGUGAUAAAAAAAUAUAGUUUAUAAGAGGUUGCAGUUACUCAUUUAAAUUUAUCUGUAGUAUUGUCUUUAAUUAAAGAUUAUUAUUGAAAUUAUAUUAGAAUUGAGAAAUGAAGGAUCAUUAAGAAAUGCAAAGAAUCCAGUUAUACAAAAUCAUAGAGAAUAUUAAUACUAUAUUAGAAAUCAUGUAUCAAUGUAAAUAUUUAAGUUUCAAUGUUGUGUAAAUUCUUUAACAAUCUCCUUUUACAAUGUUGGAGUUUAGGAAAACAAUUUUUAAAAACAUUAAUUUGCAUUUUAAGCAUAUGCAUUAAAGUUUCUGAAGAUAAUUUAGGAAUACAUAGUUGUCUUACUAAUCAACUUAAAAUAAUUUAUGAAGAAUUUGCAAGAUUAAUAGUUAUAGUAGAAACUACCUUUACAUUAAAAAUCUUAAAUUUGACCAAAUGUUACUAGUUAAUAUACUUAAAAUCUAUUAUCAAAAAAAUUACUGAAAGGCUUAUUUAAUUAGAAACCAAUAGAUCAGGUUAUUUGAUUCGACCAAAAUCAAAAUUAGCAAUUAUGAGACAAACUUAAAGUUUAAAAUUAAAAUCAUUUGAAUUUAAUAUUAAAAAAUAGAUGUCUACUACUACAUAAUUUAAAUAAAUUAAAUGA